CCGGACAUGGCUGAAAUGGGGCGGGCUUGGCCCCGGCUAUCAGUUCGAUCCGAUGAAUCAUACCAGUAAUCAUCAUGACCACAAGCUGGUUCCCACUAUCGCGGAGCCCAAGAUCGAAUCCGAUGCUGCGCUUUCUAGCGUGGCCGAUGGUGGAGCCCUGCGUGUCUGUCCUAGACAUGCGAAAUAUUGCCUGUCGCUAUUUAAUUAUCAGACCCAGUCCCUGCAGGUGCUGGAUAGAUCAGCUUUCCUUUUUUCCAAUCCAAUUUCCCCUUUCUAGCUCCGCAGGUCGGUUGGUUUAAGAAGCAUCACCUUUGGAUCUAUCCUAUUCCUCGAACUUGUUUCCCCCUUUGGUCGUCCUAUCUGCUCGAUAGACCUUUGGAAUCCUGAGCGUAUCAUAGCCUCCCUGCACUUGGGUGACCUAGUUGGCUGUGCCGCUUACCUUCAUCUCCCGUUGUGAAACACACGCACACGUCUAAGUACAUCUGGUAUCACCAUGUCUGCAUACCCGGUGGCCUACAACGGCUCCGCCACGGGCACUGGUGGUGACUCGUUGACGGAGGACCUCAACAUCUAUUACAAUGCCGGUGAUAUUGCUUGGGUAGUAACUUCAUCCGCCCUCGUCUUGCUGAUGAUUCCCGGUGUUGGUUUCUUCUACUCCGGUCUCGCUCGUCGCAAGUCGGCCCUCUCUUUGAUAUGGCUGUCCAUCAUGUCGGUCGGCGUGGUCUCCUUCCAAUGGUUCUUCUGGGGUUACUCUUUGGCCUUCUCCCACACGGCUGGCAGUUUCAUCGGUGACCUGGCGAACUUUGGUAUGAAGGAUGUCCUGGCGGCGCCAUCUGUCGGCAGCACCAAGGUUCCGGAUAUUCUGUUUGCCAUCUUCCAGGGCAUGUUCGCUGCUAUUACUGUUGCUCUCGCUGUCGGUGCUGUUGCUGAACGUGGUCGCAUGCUGCCCUGCAUCAUCUUCAUGUUCAUCUGGACUACCGUCAUCUACGAUCCCAUCGCUUGCUGGACCUGGAAUGCUUCCGGUUGGGUCUUCAAGCUGGGUGGCCUCGACUUCGCUGGUGGUACUCCCGUCCACAUUGCUUCCGGUUCCGCUGCUCUGGCUUACUCCCUGAUGCUCGGCAAGCGUCGUGGCCACGGCACCCACGAGCUUAACUACCGUCCCCACAAUGUCACUCACGUUGUUAUUGGAACCGUCUUCCUCUGGGUUGGAUGGUUCGGCUUCAACGCUGGUUCGGCCCUGUCCGCUAACCUGCGUGCUGUCAUGGCUGCCGUUGUGACUAACCUCGCUGCCUCGGUCGGUGGUGUUACUUGGUGCUUGCUUGACUACCGUCUUGAGCGCAAGUGGUCCACUGUCGGGUUCUGCUCCGGUGUCAUUGCCGGUCUGGUCGCAAUCACUCCUGGCUCCGGUUUCGUUACUCCCUGGGCUGCCUUCAUCUUCGGUGUUGUCGGUGCCGUUGCCUGCAACUAUGCCACCAAGCUGAAGUUCCUGCUUCGCGUGGAUGAUGCUCUGGAUAUCUUCGCUGUCCACGCCGUUGGUGGUCUGGUCGGCAACCUGCUCACUGGUCUCUUUGCUGCUGACUAUAUUGCGCACCUCGAUGGAGUCACCGAGAUCGCCGGUGGCUGGAUCAACCACAACUACAUUCAGCUCGGUUACCAGCUGGCUGACUCUGUCACUGGAUUUGCGUACUCCUUUGUCGGUACCUGCAUUAUCCUGUUCAUCAUGAACCUCAUUCCGGGUCUUAGCCUGCGUGCUCCCGAGGAGGAUGAGAUCCUGGGUAUUGAUGAUGCUGAGAUUGGCGAGUUUGCCUACGACUACGUUGAGGUUACUCGCGACAUUGUUAAUGGCGUUGAAAGCAGCGACGCUGGCUCCAAGCGUACCAUGACUCCCACUGGAGAGCAAGGUACCAUUGACACCAAGGCUUGAUUGAUCUCGCCUUGUAAGUCACUCCUUUAAUACUUUUAAUUUCUUUUUCUUCCAUUUUUCCACUCUCGGUACGGUCCUGAACUUGCCAAUUCUCUGUCCAUUUUCAUCAUCAAGCAAAACGAAGUGUGGGCUUCGGAUACUCUGUAUCUGUAUCGCUUGUAUUUUUCUUGGCUCUGAGCUUUUACCCCCCUUUAUUUCUUUCCUAGCAUGUUCCAGAUACCCUUUCAAAUACAAUAAAUAAAACUCAAGAUAUCGCUAUCUCUAUUUCCU